CUUUUGGCCCGUUCUUUUUCUUCUCCACUCAUCAAAGUAAAAGUAAACCAUGGAACACAACAGACUCUUCUACAUCAGACAAAUCGGUGACGAUGGCAAGAAAUACGUUGGCGUUACUAGUAACAGUAGCCAGAUCAACUCUCAUCUUACUGUGGAACCAAAGAAGGCCAAUGACUACGAUGGCAAGCAAGUCUGGUAUUUUGAUGAUAAUAACCAGCUCGUAAAUGUCUUCACUGGUCACCUCAUUGGUUAUGAUAACUCUGACCCUGGAUUACCCGGUGUCCCUGUCUUGAUGCAAAAGCCAAAUGAACGCAGCCCUGAGUUCCAAUGGGCAUACGAUACGAACACCAAGAGAAUUUAUAACAAGGUCAAGGGACAAGAUGCAGAAUGGUGGCCCCACUAUCAGAAUGAUCGUGCUUACAUUGUAGUCAAGAAAGGAGCUCACCAGGAUCCUAACUGGGACAAGUUUGAAAUCAUCUACAAGAACAAAUAAUUUGGCUAUGAUUAGCCCUAUCCUUUCUCUUUUCUUAUAAGUAAAAUAAAAUCUUUACAGAUUUGUUCACAUAUCCUGUUUGUGCUUUGUAUCCUGCUGCCGUGAUAU